GAAGCAGCCUCCUUGGCAGCCGGGAAACGAGCGAGUGUGCGCCGCUGCCUGUGACCCAGGCGUCCUGCCGGCUGCUGUCCCCUGUCUGGGAAGCUCAUCCACGCAGAGGUCUCCCCCUUCCCUCCCUGCCAGGUCUUCCUCUGCAGGGCUCACUGGAGCCAGUCCCCACAGGAGCCAAACCAGCGGGGAGCAUGGAGCUGCUGUCCACCCCCCACAGCAUUGAGAUCAACAACAUCACCUGCGAUUCCUUCCGCAUCUCCUGGGCCAUGGAGGAUAGUGACCUGGAGAGGGUCACCCACUACUUCAUUGACCUCAACAAGAAGGAGAACAAGAACUCCAACAAGUUCAAGCACCGGGAUGUCCCCACCAAGCUUGUGGCCAAGGCGGUGGCCCUGCCCAUGACAGUGAGAGGCCACUGGUUCCUGAGCCCCCGCACGGAGUACAGCGUGGCAGUGCAGACAGCUGUGAAGCAGAGCGAUGGGGAGUACCUGGUGUCAGGCUGGAGUGAGACGGUCGAGUUCUGCACUGGGGAUUAUGCCAAGGAGCACCUGGCCCAGCUUCAGGAGAAGGCCGAGCAGAUCGCAGGCCGCAUGCUCCGCUUCUCCGUCUUUUACCGCAACCAUCACAAGGAAUACUUCCAGCAUGCCAGGACCCACUGCGGGAACAUGCUGCAGCCCUACCUGAAGGACAGCAGCGGCAGCCAUGGCUCCCCUACCAGCGGCAUGCUCCAUGGUGUCUUCUUCAGCUGCAACACUGAGUUCAACACGGGCCAGCCCCCGCAGGACUCCCCCUAUGGCCGCUGGCGCUUCCAGAUCCCCGCCCAGCGCCUCUUCAACCCCAGCACCAACCUCUACUUUGCGGACUUCUACUGUAUGUACACGGCCUACCACUACGCCAUCCUGGUGCUGGCGCCUAAGGGCUCCCUGGGGGACCGCUUCUGCCGUGACCGCCUGCCCCUCCUGGACAUUGCCUGCAACAAGUUCCUGACCUGCAGCGUGGAGGACGGGGAGCUGGUCUUCCGCCAUGCCCAGGACCUCAUCCUGGAGAUCAUCUACACUGAGCCUGUCGACCUGUCCCUGGGCACCCUGGGGGAGAUCAGUGGGCACCAGCUCAUGAGUCUGUCCACUGCCGAUGCCAAGAAAGACCCCAGCUGCAAGACCUGCAACAUCAGUGUGGGCCGCUAGGGACUCCUGGGGAGCUGGGGGGCUGGGGAGAGAUGACAAGAAGGGCAGAGAUGGGUGGCUGAGGUUCAGGGAGCUGGCUUCUCUCCCCUGCCCCCUACUCCCUCCACUCCAUCUGUCUGUCCCUCCCCACACCCCUUGGCAUUGGGGGCAAUAGCUGGUGGUCCUCUUGGUAAGUGUGGCCCACCCCAGGCCU